CAGGAAGCACUCAACCACCUCGACAACUUACAAUGGCCAUCAAGCACAACAACAUCUUGGCGCACAACCACUUCCGCAAGGAGUGGCAGUCUCGCGUCACCACCUGGUUUGACCAGCCAGGACGCAAGCUCAGGAGACGCCGUGCUCGUGUGGCAAAGGCUGCCCGUGUUGCUCCCCGGCCAACCGACUCGCUGCGCCCUGUCGUUCAUUGCCCAACAGCAAAGUACAACAUGAAGGUGCGUGCUGGACGUGGUUUCUCUCUUCAGGAGCUCAAGGCUGCUGGUAUCCCACGCAAGUUUGCCAAGACUGUUGGCAUCUGCGUCGACCACCGUCGUCAGAACAAGUCGCAGGAGUCUCUCGAUGCAAAUGUUGAGCGUCUCAAGGCAUACCAGGCACAGCUUAUCCUCUUCCCUCGCAAGCACGGCAAGGGCAAGAAGGGAGAUGCUGAUGCAGCCACCAUUGCAGAGGCUAAGCAGGUUGCCAACACCGCCAACUUCCCCAUCUCGCAGCCCAAGCUCGACCUUGAGCCCCGCGCCAUCACUUCAGAGGAGAAGGAGGGAUCUCGCUACCACGACUUGCGUAUGGCUCGCUCCAACGCUCGUCUUGCCGGUAAGCGUGAAGCUGCCGCCAAGAAGGCGCAAGAGGAGGCAGAUGCCAAGGCCAAGGCCAAGUAAGAUACUACAGCGUAUCUACUUUAAUGUCCUUUCACCCUUGCUUUACCUGCGUCUCCUCAUUUCUGCUGUCUUCGUUGUCAGUCAUCCCGCUCACUCAAGCAUCACUUAUGAUCUGAGUUGAGAUACAUCAUCACGGCGACUGAUUGUGUGCCUGUGCCCAUACAAGCUGCAGUUUCAUACUCAUCAAAAUCAAAGAGCAUUCACUUCCAU